AUGGGGGGCCACGUCACACUGCUGCUCCCCUUCCUACAGCUGCUCCUCUGUAGCUUGUCAGGGGUGUGGGGGUUCCCCUUCGGCCCCGUCCUUGACGUCACCCCCAGGACCACGGUGCUCUACCAAGGUAAGGCCAGACCAAGGCUCCAGAUUGCUGUAUACUAGGAGGUUGUCCUGGCAACAUGACUACACCUGACCUAAGGAAAACUCUGGGACAGAGUAAUAGGCUGUGGCCUAGGAGUUUUUUCUGGUCAGUUCACAUGGCCUGGAAAAACUCCUGGCUGUACUUAGGAUAUAGGAUAUCUACGGGAUACUAAUGUCACACUCGGUGUGUGGAUUCAAUACGGCUGCUCCAACUCCCUCCUGUUCACUUUAAACAAGUGGCACAGUUUUGUAAGUUGGCCCCGAAGACAGCCAGCCCCUACUUCCAGGGAGUUAUUAAUCGUCUCUCUCAAGUCCUGUCCUAGUUCACUUAGUUCACCAUGCAGCCCUAAUGAAACAAUAGAGAAUAGACAGAAGCUCUCAUCGCCCAUAAAAGAGGACCCCUCUACAGUGCAUCCCUGACCAGUGCCUGUGUAGAAAAUGAAAUAGUGCUGAAUAGGUGAUUUUACGAAGAAGGGUUAAGGUACAUAAUUUACACACAUCAGCAUCCCCCCCCCCGCCCCCCUCCCCCAACCCCCCAUAACAGCUCAGCCUCUCUUUCUCUAUCUACUGCAGCAGAAGCUACUGCAGAGGGAUCACCCAGCCCUGGCAGGCUCUUCAGACGACUAUACUGUCCCUGGCUGCUGUCAGCUCUCCACACCUCUCCACUCCUGUCUUGAGAGGAGGAAUAUUAUGAACAGAUUAUUAACAGAGUGAAGAGAGCCGGGUGCAUCGCCUGCCUGCACUAUGGUGCAGUCACAAAACCAGACUAUUGCAGUGGAAAGAGACGGUUAGAGAUAAGCGAUAGACAGGACUUUUAGUGGGUUUAAAUGGGAAUUUCACUCAAAAAUCUUUGUUAGCUAUGUUGCUCCUCACCUGAGGUAGUAUUAAUAAUAUUAUGUGUAUUUCACAUGCAAUGCUUGAGCGUGCACAACAGAAAAAGGAUAUAAAUCCACCCAAAAGAAUGAUGUCACUGGGUUACCCAUUCAGGGAAAUGGAUUCCAGAUAAUGUGAUGCAUAAGUAUUAGUGAGUUCCUAUCAGAAUCAUGUUAAUGUCAUGAUCAUUUUUGUUCAAAAAGCCUCUACUGCUAAUUUGGUACACUCUUUUAUUGUAGACGUGUGUGGUACAGUCGGUCUUAUUUUUCUCCUUGUCCUUGUAGAAGGAAGUCAUUGACCUACAUUCAGACUCCCAUGGGUUGUGUGUGUGUGUGUGUGUGUGUGUGUGUGUGCAUGCGGGCGUGCACAUGCAUGCAUGUAUGAUCUCUACUUACAUCUAAAAUCUGCACAUGCAUGCACCCCCUGUCACUUUCCCUUAGGAGAAACAUGCCCAAGUGCAGAAAUGGAGAGUGCAGAAAGUAGCACCUCCUAGAGGAAAAUGGGCGCCGGGCACUUGACUGUACUGUGUAUGGAAAUAAGGGCUAUGUGGGUGGUGAUGGUGGUGGUACUAUAUUAGGAGCAUAAAUGUAUGUAUCUCUCUGGGUGGAUUUAUAAUAUGUUUCACAGUUAGUGUGAGAGGACGAUCAUUAAUUUGCAUUAUGUUUUACAGUUGGUCUGUAGGAGUGGGUGUACAGUAACUCGCAAUAAAACAGAGAAAGGAUUUAUAACCACGCUAAAAAGGGCAUAUCUGACAUACUGUAAUUUUAAAAAUAAUUGUGUUCUUGUGUGUGUGUGUGCACGUGCUCAUCUAUGUGUUUGUGCGUGCAUUUGUUUGUGUGUGUGUGUGUGUGUGUGUCCCUCUCUCUGUCGUUAGAUGAAUACCUGACUCUGGUCUGAACUAGGGCUGUAGGCUUGUUCAAUUAGCAGACAAGAUACAGUAUGCUUAAAAGGACUGUACCAUUAUUUUUAUAUCAAAAAUAAUAUAAUUGAACUUAGCUGAAGAAAACAGAAAGGAUAUUUUUCCCAUUCUGAAGCAGGUGCGCAUAAGAAGUAGCUAUGUUGAGUGUAAAAGUGAUCGUUUGAAACAGGUCCUAUACGCUAGAUUUAGAGUUAUUUGGCAACUUUAGUUGUGAAUGAUCCAAACCUUAGAACGUCUUAGAAAUCAAAACAUAUGGGCUGCAUGAUGCGAAUAUAGGCUAUUGAUGAUUUGAGAAAGUCGCAAAAAAAGCUUGCUUGUUCCUUGUUCUCUCAUCAAGUGAUCAUAUUUUCACCCAUCAGACUAUUCUCAAUUUAAACUUGUCUUUACUAAUACAGUAUGUAAAAUUAGUUUUGAUUUAGAAUGGCCCAUUAUCAAAUGGGCAGGAACAGGGGCAGGGGAAAACUACUUCGAUUUUAUAGCGGAGCAUGUGCUUAAUAUGAGCAGCUGAGAAUUAAAUAUAAGAACACUUAUUUCACUCCUCGCAUCAAUCAUUGUUUGAGGAGCAUGCUCUCGCUGCGCGACAGGUGAUAUUCUGCCCAAACUCUGUAUGCCAUGGGCUCUCCAACCUGUUCCAGUGCUUAAUUUGGGAAACCAAGUGAAAUCUGUUCGGGAACAUCGAUAGUAACAUGUUUUCGCAACAAAACAUAUUUCACUAAACUGUUGACAGCCCCUCUGCGCGCUCUAGAAAGGAAUAAAGGAGAGAAAGGAGGAGAUGGAAGAGCAUUGUUGGGGAGAUAUUCUGUAUAGCUAAAGGUAAUGUGUCACACAAUUAAAUAUAAAAAAUGCCCUAUUACUAGGCUAUUCAAAAUCAAAUACAAAUUCACUAUAAUUGUAGGCUAACUCUGUAAGCCGCCCUGCACAAUCAAUGAACCAACAGCAUCGCCAAGGCCUAUACGUUCUCUCCCAGCCUCAUGGAUAGACAUUUUGGACCAUAGCAUAAAGUAACCAGUCCAUCCUGUAUGAAUAAUAAUACAGUCCACACUCAAAGGCGAUUACUUGAAUUUGUUUAAUUUUGGAGUAUAGGCUAGACCAAUUAUUUACCAAAGACAUCUUAAAUCAGUUUUGCGUAAUAUGCGGUAGGCUAUGGAUUGUAUAAUGGCACAAUCAUAAUUUUAAUUGAGGUUUUCUUUUUUUAUUGGGCUCAUAACUCUAUGCGUAUGCAUAAGCUCUAAUAUGCAUAUAGUGUUUUGAAUUAAUCAUCGCCUUAGAAAGCGCUGUCCAUUUCGUUUUGUUAGGCUUUGAAACAACAUCCACAACGACCAUGUUUUCCACUCAGUUUCAACCUGUUGUUGAACGUCUUUCUUCAAACCGAUCAUCACAGUGAGGUGAGUUUUAAAAGCAAGAUACUGUUUUGAUGAUAAGUGUUUGAUGUGAUUUUCAAUCGCAUUUGCUUUGAUAUCAGAGUGGUUAGAGGGACAAUAGAGCCCUGAGUACCAGGCCAUUAGGACCUGAUGGUCAUUAGCAAGUUGGGUACUACCAAAGCAUGUUCAGAGUGCAUAAGAGGAGAUUACUGUGACUCAUCAGUCACAUGGAAUUUUACUGCGGUCAUGACUCAUGACUGCCGGUGUGGCGGUAAUACAGUCACCGCAACAGCCCUAGUCUGAACUCAAGGAUGUACUUAGGGGGUUGUCUCCCAUGUCCUGCUCUCUCUGCUGGUACCAACCAGACUUGAAGUAAUGGAACCAUGCAAUAUUGAUGCAUGUGUAAGAUCUGUCUACUGUUGCUACGAGGAGAGGGCAGCGGAGGGCUUGAUAGUAGUGGAUUUCUGUGUAUUAUUUAGACAUGGUGUAGAAUAGUUUUUUCAUCUCUAAGAAAUAUCAGUUGAAAAGGGGAGAUUUUAUGUAGUCUAUGGAGAUUUUAUGUAGACUAGCAUACCCAUCCUGAGGCAUGAACCUAUGCGAUAGUAUGGUUAAUAAAUGGCAAAGUUGGCCUGUAAUUCACAUGUAUUUAGUCAAGUCAGUUGUUGUGUCUAGGUGAACAGACAAAACAUCUCAAAAUUUGUACAGAAUAAAGGACAAGUUACUCACUAAAAUAAGAAUGAGUUGACAUAGGCUCAAUUUGAAAACAAAAUGUUUUGUCUCUCUCUGCCUUUCGUUCUUGUUGUUGUAUACAGCAUCUCACAAUUUGUUCUCACCAGUCAGUGUUUGCAGAAAAUGGCUUCUUUUAAUGUGAAAUUCCUCUGGUGACAAUAGAGAGGAAUUGGAGUUAUCCUGGGAUGCUUUGAUCUAUCUCUUUCUCUGAUGUUCCCUGGGCUUGGUUUUGACAGGAUCUGAGCAGCGACAGACUCUGCGUAGAUACAGUACCUGAAAUAGAACCAGGAUAGGAGUAGUAUACUGUAUGCACUAACUGUGGGAGGUUUUGUCUGAUCUACCACCAUGAGAUAAAGAUCUCUGCUUUCUGUUAUUGCUGUGCGUGCACUGAUUUCAUUGUAAUAUCAUAAUUCGAAACAGUAAUGGUAAAAGUUUUCAUUCGAAAUACACAGUCACGCUGAUACAGGCAACCACGAGCACUGCAUGAGGUGAAAACCACAGUACUGCCAAAGAUCACAAGCAUGAUGGUAAAUACUACAGACUUCACUCGUGAUAGGGGCUACAGGCCCCGUGUAGCUCAGUUGGUAGAGCAUGGUGCUUGCAACGCCAGGGUUGUGGGUUUGUUUCCCACGGGGGUCCAGUAUGAAAAAAUGUAUGCACUCACUAACUGUAAGUCGCUCUGGAUAAGAGCGUCUGCUAAAAUGACUAAAAUGUAAAAAUAGAGAGAACAGUUUUGUUUAUGCUGACUGUGUGUGAACUGUUCCCAAAGGGAUGAUUCAUUUAAGGAAUUGAAGCCACUGCGGCUGAGGCAGCUAUGCCAAUCCUUUGGUCCAAAUAAUCUAUUUUGAGAAAUCUUCAGACAUUUUGGAGGUUUUUGAAAAUAGGAAACAGGAAAUGUUGGUCCUCUGUAGCUCAUUUGGUAGAGCAUGGUGCUUGCAACACCAGGAUAGAUGCUUAUAUAACAUUGAUCAACCGAGCAACAGCUGACAGUAUUCACCAGUGUCUACAGUGGUUAAGUCAUGUGACAAUAAAACUUGAAAAUGACUGAAACUGUUGUCCCCCCAGCACAUGUAGGGGAGAGUGGGGUAAGUUGAGCCAUUUUUUAUAUUCAGCGUCACUCCAUCAAGGGAAAUAUAGUAUUCUUUCUACCUACAAACAAGCAAGAUUUCUGGCUCUCACAGACCUGUAACUUCUUCUUUAAGAGGCUCCUCUGUCCUCCACUCGUUACCUGUAUUAAUGGCACCUGUUUGACAACCUCAAACAGUCACACUCCAAACUCCACUAUGGCCAAGACCAAAGAGCUGUCAAAGGACACCAGAAACAAAAUUGUAGACCUGCACCAGGCUGGGAAGACUGAAUCUGCAAUAGGUAAGCAGCUUGGUUUGAGGAAAUCAACUGUGGGAGCAAUUAUUAGGAAAUGGAAGACAUACAAGACCACUGAUAAUCUCCCUCAAUCUGGGGCUCCACGCAAGAUCUCACCCCGUGGGGUCAAAAUGAUCACAAGAACGGUGAGCAAAAAUCCCAGAACCACACGGGGGGACAUAGUGAAUGACCUGCAGAGAGCUGGGACCAAAGUAACAAAGCCUACCAUCAGUAACACACUACGCCGCCAGGGACUCAAAUCCUGCAGUGCCAGACGUGUCCCCCUGCUUAAACCAGUACAUGUCCAGGCCCGUCUGAAGUUUGCUAGAGUGCAUUUGGAUGAUCCAGAAGAGGAUUGGGAGAAUGUCAUAUGGUCAGAUGAAACCAAAAUAGAACUUUUUGGUAAAAACUCAACUCGUCGUGUUUGGAGGACAAAGAAUGCUGAGUUGCAUCCAAAGAACACCAUACCUACUGUGAAGCAUGGGGGUGGAAACAUCAUGCUUUGGGGCUGUUUUUCUGCAAAGGGACCAGGACGACUGAUCUGUGUAAAGGAAGGAAUGAAUGGGGCCAUGUAUCGUGAGAUCUUGGCCAACAACCUCCUUCCCUCAGUAAGAGCAUUGAAGAUGGGUCGUGGCUGGGUCUUCCAGCAUGACAACGACCCGAAACACACAGCCAGGGCAACUAAGGAAUGGCUCCGUAAGAAGCAUCUCAAGGUCCUGGAGUGGCCUAGCCAGUCUCCAGACCUGAACCCAAUAGAAAAUCUUUGAAGGGAGCUGAAAGUCCGUAUUGCCCAGCGACAGCCCCGAAACCUGAAGGAUCUGGAGAAGGUCUGUAUGGAGGAGUGGGCCAAAAUCCCUGCUGAAGUGUGUGCAAACCUGGUCAAGACCUACAGGAAAUGUAUGAUCUCUGUAAUUGCAAACAAAGGUUUCUGUACCAAAUAUUAAGUUCUGCUUUUCUGAUGUAUCAAAUACUUAUGUCAUGCAAUAAAAUGCAAAUGAUUUACUUAAAAAUCAUAGAAUGUGAUUUUCUGGAUUUUUGUUUUAGAUGACGUCUCUCACAGUUGAAGUGUACCUAUGAUAAAAAAUUACAGACAUCUACAUGCUUUGUAAGUAGGAAAACCUGCAAAAUCGGCAGUGUAUCAAUUACUUGUUCUCCCCACUGUAUAUGGGGGAUUGGAAAUGAUGCAGACAAUUACGUUGAUGGAAGCCACAAUCUAUCUGCAAUAUUAAAGCUGAUCUACCCCCUAAAAAUAUAUAUAUAAUAAAAAAGGAUAUUGUGUAUCCCUGGAAAUAAUCAGAAUUCAUGUAAACAUUACAUUUUUGAAAACAUAGCUUGUCCAAAAAAAAGUGGUCUGUUGGCACAAGGGACAGGGCAAGUUAAGCCGCCUACAAAUGUCUGUACUGAAUGAAAUAUUACCACUACCUUUUUAAAACCAUGUCUAUCUUUAUUUCCUAAACACACUUCAACACAAUCACAAUCGCAUUUUGUCUUUUAAUCAUUUUAAGCAUCUUCUAACACAGGCUUAACACCUAAUAAACAUUUAGUACUUUAAAAAAAAAAACUUUUAGCAUGAGCUAGGCCCUGUUGUCACCUCAUAUCCCAGUGAUAAUGCCUUGAAAUGGUAUAGGUGCAAUGCGUGUAUGUUCAGUGUACACACUGGGUGCAUUCGACAAUGGUAAAUAGAAACCUCCCUGUCGGCUCAGAUUCAGCUGGCAUGCUCCGUCACUUUGUGGACUCUCCUCAUCGAUUAACAGAGCACAAGGUGCAGCUUGUGCUAUGGGUUUAGAACAGGGAACUGCAAGCCAUUAUAUAUAUCUCUCUCUCUCUCUCUCCUCUCUCCUGCUAUCUCUCUCUCCUGUCUCUCUAUUCUUGGUCUCCUCUAUCUAUCUCUGGUACUCUCUGGUCUCCGUCUAUUGUACUCUCUGUCUCCGUCGUUCUCGUCCUUCUCUCUAUCUCUCCUUCUCCAACCCUCUCUCUCUCUGGUCUCUCGCUCUGGUCGCUCUGUCAUAUCCUGUGACUACUCUGUCUCUGUCUCUCCUCUCUUCUCUCUCCUCUCCAAACCCUCUCUCUCUCCUCUCUCUCGUCCCUGUCACUCUCUCUUGUCUCUUCUGCGAUAUAACUCGUACUCUCUCUCCUCUCUUCUCCUGUCUCUCUCUCUCGUCCUCUCUCUCUCUCUCUCUCUCUCUCUCUCUCUCCUUCUCUCUCUCCUUCUCUCGCUCUCUACAUCAGGAGUAAAUAACUCAGGUCCUCAAGCUUCCCAGUCCUGCUGGUUUGUCCCUGGUACGGGUACGUGAUGUCUGGAAAGUGCACGUAUUGUAGCUGUUUCCCAUGUGUAAGUCAGUUGCUAGUUAAUGUAAAAGUCAUAGAUGAAAUCAACAGGACUGUGGCCCUCGAGGACUGGAGCUAUGCUUAAUAGAUUCUAGUUUUUUCCAUAGUCAGGAGAAGGCGGGCCGUCCUAAUACGUGUGUGUAGGGCUGGCACAAUUAAUGUAUAAUCGUGUAACCGACCAUAACCGUGAACAAAUGUUUUUUCUUGUCAUAAUCAUUUUAAUACAUUCAUUGUAGGAGGGGGGAUUCAACUUUAUUUUCAAGUAUAUUUAACCAAUAAACGUUUUAAAUUUUUUACGAGCAGAAAGGCAGAGGAGGAACUUCAAUUCCAAAAGUUCCAAGCUGUCAAAACCAUUUGUUUUUGAGACGCCAAUUACGGCAAUUACCAUGGUCAUUUGUAUGACAACUAAUUCUUACCCAAAAUCCAUAAUUGUCACAGCCCUACAUAUGUGCUUGUUUGGCCUUAGAACGUUGCCUUCGGAGCAGCUCAUAGGUCAGGCUUCUGACAGACAUCAAGGAAUCUUGGGUGGCGGCCAUUUUGCGUCAUCCUCAUCAUUGUCAUCAUAUGGUCUGCCAUGUCAUAUGGUCUGCCACUAUUUUUUUAAUGUAGAAUCCAAGCCACUUCUCGUGCACACUCUUGGAUGACUCAUAGAAUAAAUGAAAAAUGAAAUUUGUUUUUAUAUUGCCAUGGGCUGUCAUUGUGUUAGCACAACUGUGCAAAAGAACAUGAUCUUAGACAAAACAUAAUGCUCCUGUGGGGUUCAAGUUGGGUUGUUGAGAAAGGGAGAGUUAUUGUGUGUGUGUGUGUGUGUGUGUGUGUGUGUGUGUGUGUGUGUGUGUGUGUGUGUGUGUGUGUGUGUGUGUGUGUAUACAGUUGAAGUCGGAAGUUUAAAUACACUUAGGUUGGAGUCAUUAAAACUAGUUUUUCAACCACUCCACAAAUGUCUUGUUUACAAACUAUAGUUUUGGCAAGCCGGUUAGGACAUCUACUUUGUACAUGACACAAGUAAUUUUUCCAACAAUUGUUUACAGACAGAUUAUUUCACGUAUAAUUCACUGUAUCACAAUUCCAGUGGGUCAGAAGUUUACAUACACUAAGUUGACUGCGCUUUUAAACAGCUUGGAAAAUUCCAGAAAAUGAUGUCAUGGCUUUAGAAGCUUCUGAUAGGCUAAUUGACAUUUUUUGAGUCAGUUGGAGGUGUACCUGUGGAUGUAUUUCAAGGCCUACCUUCAAACUCAGUGCCUCUUUGCUUGACAUCAUGGGAAAAUCAAAAGAAAUCAGCCAAGACCUCAGAAAGAAAAUGCAGACCUCCACAAGUCUGGUUCAUCCUUGGGAUAUUACGCAAGUAUAAACACCAUGGGACCACGCAGCUGUCAUAUCGAUCAGGAAGGAGACGCGUUCUGUCUCUUAGAGAUGAACGUAUUUUGGUGCGAAAAGUGCAAAUCAAUCCCAGAACAACAGCAAAGGACCUUGUGAAGAUGCUGGAGGAAACAAAAUAGAUGGCAUCAUGAGGAAGGAAUAUUAUAUGGAUAUAUUGAAGCAACAUCUCAAGACAUCAGUCAGGAAGUUAAAGCUUGGUCACAAAUGGACAAUGACCCCAAGCAUACUUCCAAAGUUAAAUGGCUUAAGGACAACAAAGUCAAGGUAUUGGAGUGGCCCAUCACAAAGCCCUGACCUCAAUCCUUUAGAAAAUGUAUAGGGCAGAACUGAAAAAGCGUGUUCGAGCAAGGAGGCCUACAAACCUGACUCAGUUACACCAGCUCUGUCAGGAGGAAUGGGCCAAAAUUCACCCAACUUACUGUGGGAAGCUUGUGGAAGGCUACCCGAAACGUUUGACCCAAGUUAAACAAUUUAAAGGCAACGCUACCAAAUACUAAUUGAGUGUAUGUAAACUUCUGACCCACUGGGAAUGUGAUGAAAUCAUUCUCUCUACUAUUAUUCUGACAUUUCACAGUUUUACUAGGAUUAAAUGUCAGGAAUUGUGAAAAACUGAGUUUAAAUGUAUUUGGCUAAGGUGUAUGUAAACUUCCGACUUCAACUGUAUGUGUCUGUCUGUCUGUCUCUCUGUCUGUCUCUCUGUCUGUCUCUCUGUCUGUCUCUCUGUCUGUCUGUCUGUCUGUCUGUCUGUCUGUCUGUCUGUCUGUCUGUCUGUCUGUCUGUCUGUCUGUCUGUCUGUCUGUCUCUGUCUGUCUGUCUGUCUGUCUGUCUGUCUGUCUGUCUGUCUGUCUGUCUGUCUGUCUGUCUGUCUGUCUGUCUGUCUGUCUUCCUGUGCCUGUGUGUGUGUGUGUCUGUGUGCACGCACGUCUGUUGUUCUGUUUGUGUUUGUGUGUCCCGCUGUGUAUGGAGGGUUACUGACAGAUAAUCAUGGGUGCUACUCAUAGUAUCACCAUUGUAUCCCUGAGAGACUAUUUAGACUGUUUGUGUGGGGAGGGGUCUUCAAACAGGUUUGACAGCAAAUCGAAGUGACUUUACCAGUGACAACAACAUGUAGUAUUUGUUGUAGUAACUGGCACUCCCAAAUUCAUUUUAGCCAUUGCAGUAUGCGAGGGUGGAUGAGUUAUUUGUAAUUGUGCACCUGUCCACAGAGAUGUUUUGACUUUUUUUCCCCAAAACUUCAGUAAAGCAUUUAAUGACAUUAUUAAAGGGAUUCUCUGAGACGUUUGUGUACUUUUUAGCCAGUAGUUCUGAAAGUAGCACUCACGAGCCAAAAGUGGUUCCCGAAAAUGGCGUACUAUGUCACAUAUGUGCAGAUAUGUGCACCACGUCAUUGCUCUCUCUCUCUUGCUCUGCUGUGGGUGCAUCAUGUGUAUCUUGCUAGCUGUCACUCAUAUGGCGAGGGGCUGAAGCUCAUAGGUUGAACUGGAAUUGCUAAGGGGCUGACCCACAUGGGGGAAAAUGUAAGGAAAAUAGUGCAGCACAGCUUCUAGAAAAACAGUUGCUUUCAAACUAGGGAUUUCGUGGCUAAUUGAGGUAAGACAAUAAUUCUGCAUAAGAAUUCUGCAUGUAUGAACUACACAUUGACACAUCCAGCCCAAAGCGGGAGGUUUAAAAAAUACUUUGUAGUCGCCAAAGUACCAAAGCAUGUCUUUAACCCUAUUAAAAUAACCUAAUCAAUCUGACUUGUGUUACUGUGUGUAUAAUAAGCCUUGGCCUUCAGUCUAUCUUUCCAAGUGUCUGGAUGUGCUAUUGUAACACUAUUUUGACCCUUAGAAGACCAAAGACUCAAAACAUUGUUUCAAUUAACCACAUGGGAGCAUCAAUCGAUGAGUCUUUUCUUUUUGCUGAAUAUGCACUUUGAUUUUCAGCACCUGCUCAAAACCAUUGCAUGUUUCUAUGGGUUGUGUUUGAGAUGGGGUAUUGGGGGGAGGGCAUUUUAAGAGCAUUCAGUGGGAGAUGUGCCCCAGUACUGCCAAAUCAUAUCAGUGUGUGUGUGUGUUAUUAGGGGAGGGGGUUCACAAGUAAGGUUGAUUAGGACAUAUUGUACAGCAUCUGAGCUUCAUAUCCCUUGAACAAAUACAGCAGACAAACAACACAGUGUUACACAUUCAUUCCUUUGUGUUUUGCCCUUAAUUCAUGGAAACGGAUCAAACAAAGUAUUUUAUCAGCAGUCUAGAACCUCUAAAAUGGGGGCAAGCUGCCCUGCUGCUAUGAGAUGUGAAAAGAGGUCACUGUUUUCUUCUAGGUUGCUGUAAUAAUAAGAUGUGGUCUUAUUUAGUGAUAAGAUAGACGAUAGUCAUUUGAUAUAGGAGCGCUGAAAGUUCAUUGAUGGAGUUUGAAGAUCAAGAUUUAAAAGUGAGGGAUAGGGGACAGAAAGAGAGAUUAAGAAGGUGAUGGAGGCUGACAGAGAUAGCGUGAAUAAGUGAGAGAUGGAGAGGGAUGGACAGAAGGAGGGAGGAACAAUGAAUAUGAGUCAGCAUGGUGCAGAUGGGUAUAAUAAUACAUCCUACCCUCCUCUCUUUUAUCCUCUCCUCCUCCCCUUGUCCUCCUCUUCUUCCUUCCUCUAUCCUCUUUCUCCUCCUUUGUUCCUCUCCUGGGAGUGUGUCCCAGGCUGCUCGCAGUAAUAAGGGAAGUUAUGUUCAUCUCAUCCCGCCCAUUGAUUUACUGGGGAUGGAUGAACGCUUGUUUCAGUCAAUCUGUUACACUCCUUCACUUCUGAUAGAGAGACUAUACUGCAGCUGUGUGUGGAGCAUAGGGCCAGAGUUCAGCUAUCGGAAAAGAGGAAUAAUUGGUAGAAAACACAACACGCUAUAGGGUCAGAGAGACCAUUGGAAAGAGAAAGCAUGUGCAUAGUAUUCCAACUAUAUUACUUCAAGUAAAACUUUAAGUACAGCCAGUUUCAUUCUAUGAGGCAAGACGUAUACCCUAACACAGGAAUAACACCAGACCCAACAUAGUGUUUUCUUAUUCUGAAAAGUGGAAGCAUGUACCUGUGCUUGGCAGUAGUAAUAGUAAUUAUAGGGUUUUUCAGUGCCAAAACCAUUCUGUGACUUUAUUUGACCAUUGGAAAACGGUGCAAAUACAACAAUGCAGGUUCAGUUAAAUUGACCCCAAAGUCUCAGUAAGUUUGUGUGUUUGUUUUCAGGCCUGUUGGGUUGCCAGCGGUUCAGCAGCCCAUCUCAGAACUACAGCACACUUCUACUGGAGGAGGACAAUGGGGUGCUGUAUGUAGGGGCCAGGGGGGCUCUCUACGCACUGGACACCACCAACAUCUCUACACCUGGCAACCUCACGGUGAGUAUUUUUACCGUACCAGCCAGGAUGCUAACUUUCCGUUUCAAAAAAGUUGUAUUGUAUUGUAACUGGUUAACUGGUACAGCACAACAUAUCACAUAACCGUUAUGUUGCAAUUGCAAAACGAACCGUCUUUCACAAAUAUUUUUCUCCUUCACAAAUCUUUUUCUCUUUCACAAAUUUUAAACAGGACAGGCUAAUAAUAGCCUUAAGGAGAUUCAGUAAAUCCUAUUGUACGUUCAUUUUUUGCAGUGUGAGUAUUGGAUUAACUGUAUGGGGCAAGUUUACUCACAGGCCAACAGAAUAUAUUAAAACUCAAUGAUGUAGUUGAUGGGAGUAACUGGAGUAUUAAAAUUGAGUAUUCACUGGAGUAUUGAAAUGUUGGCAUGGUACACUGUCCCAUUCUCCCACUGAGUGGUCAUUAUUGUCCCCCUAUGUUUGCAGAUUGAUUGGGAAGCUUCGGCAGAGCAGAAGAAGCAGUGUCUCAACAAAGGAAAAGACAAUCAGGUACAACCAAUGGCGUGUAGCACCCACCGCUCAAUGCACAAACUCUCUCUCUCUCUCUCUCUCUCUCUCUCUCUCUCUCUCUCUCUCUCUCUCUCUCUCUCUCUCUCUCUCUCUCUCUCUCUCUCUCUCUCUCUCUCUCUCUCUCUCUCUCUCUCUCUCUCUCUCUCUCUCUCUCUCUCAGUUUCUCUCUCUCCUUAUUAGACGGCCCAAUCUAGUAUAACAAUGAUGUGGUGUUGUUAUUAUAAUGUAAUAAUGUAGUCAAAUCAAAUCGAAUUUAAUUUGUCACAUGCGCUGAAUACAACAGGUGUAGUAGACCUUACCGUGAAAUGCUUACUUACAAGCCCCUUAACUCACAAUGUAGUUUUAAGAAAAUAGAGUUAAGAAAAUAUUUGCUAAAUAAACUAAAGUAAUACAUUUAAAUAAUGUAAAAAUUAACACAAUAAAAUAACAAUAAUGAGGCUAUAUAUAAGGUGUACCGGUACCAAGUCAAUGUACGAGGGUACAGGUUAGUCAAGGUAAUUUGUACAUGUAGGUAGGGGUAAAGUGACUAUGCAUAGAUAAUAAACAGCAAGUAGGAGCAGUGUAAAAACAAAGGGGGGGGGGGUCAAUGCAAAUAGUAUGGGAGGCCAUUUGAUUAAUUGUUCAGUAGUCUUAUGGCUUGGGGGUAGAAGCGGUUAAGGAGCCUUUUGGACUAGACUUGGCGCUCCGAUACCGCUUGCCAUGCGGUAGCAGAGAGAACAGUCUAUGAGUUGGGUGACUGGAGUCUUUGAAAACAAUUUGGCCCUUCCUCUGACACUGCCUAGUACAGUGGGGAAAAAAAGUAUUUAGUCAGCCACCAAUUGUGCAAGUUCUCCCACUUAAAAAGAUGAGAGAGGCCUGUAAUUUUCAUCAUAGGUACACGUCAACUAUGACAGACAAAUUGAGAAAAAAAAAUCCAGAAAAUCACAUUAUAGGAUUUUUUAUGAAUUUAUUUGCAAAUUAUGGUGGAAAAUAAGUAUUUGGUCACCUACAAACAAGCAAGAUUUCUGGCUCUCACAGACCUGUAACUUCUUCUUUAAGAGGCUCCUCUGUCCUCCACUCGUUACCUGUAUUAAUGGCACCUGUUUGAACUUGUUAUCAGUAUAAAAGACACCUGUCCACAACCUCAAACAGUCACUCUCCAAACUCCACUAUGGCCAAGACCAAACAGCUGUCAAAGGACACCAGAAACAAAAUUGUAGACCUGCACCAGGCUGGGAAGACUGAAUCUGCAAUAGGUAAGCAGCUUGGUUUGAAGAAAUCAACUGUGGGAGCAAUUAUUAGGAAAUGGAAGACAUACAAGACCACUGAUAAUCUCCCUCGAUCUGGGGCUCCACGCAAGGUCUCACCCCUUGGGGUCAAAAUGAUCACAAGAAUGGUGAGCAAAAAUCCCAGAACCACACGGGGGGACCUAGUGAAUGACCUGCAGAGAGCUGGGACCAAAGUGACAAAGCCUACCAUCAGUAACACACUACGCCGCCAGGGACACAAAUCCUGCAGUGCCAGACGUGUCCCCCUGCUUAAGCCAGUACAUGUCCAGGCCCGUCUGAAGUUUGCUAGAGUGCAUUUGGAUGAUCCAGAAGAGGAUUGGGAGAAUGUCAGAUGGUCAGAUGAAACCAAAAUAUAACUUUUUGGUAAAAACUCAACUCGUCGUGUUUGGAGGACAAAGAAUGCUGAGUUGCAUCCAAAGAACACCAUACCUACUGUGAAGCAUGGGGGUGGAAACAUCAUGCUUUGGGGCUGUUUUUCUGCAAAGGGACCAGGACGACUGAUCCGUGUAAAGGAAAGAAUGAAUGGGGCCAUGUAUCGUGAGAUUUUGAGUGAAAACCUCCUUCCAUCAGCAAGGGCAUUGAAGAUGAAACGUGGCUGGGUCUUUCAGCAUGACAAUGAUCCCAAACACACCGCCCGGGCAACGAAGGAGUGACUUCGUAAGAAGCAUUUCAAGGUCCUGGAGUGGCCUAGCCAGUCUCCAGAUCUCAACCCCAUAGAAAAUCUUUGGAGGGAGUUGAAAGUCCAUGUUGCCCAGCGACAGCCCCAAAAACAUCACUGCUCUAGAGGAGAUCUGCAUGGAGGAAUGGGCCAAAAUACCAGCAACAGUGUGUGAAAACCUUGUGAAGACUUACAGAAAACGUUUGACAUGUGUCAUUGCCAACAAAGGGUAUAUAACAAAGUAUUGACAAAACUUUUUUUAUUGACCAAAUACUUAUUUUCCACCAUAAUUUGCAAAUAAAUUCAUUAAAAAUCCUAUAAUGUGAUUUUCUGGAUUUUUUUUUCUCAUUUUGUCUUUCAUAGUUGACGUGUACCUAUGAUGAAAAUUACAGGCCUCUCUCAUCUUUUUAAGUGGGAGAACUUGCACAAUUGGUGGCUGACUAAAUACUUUUUUGCCCCACUGUAUAUAGGUCCUGGAUGCCAGGAAGCUUGGCCCCAGGGAUGUACUGGGCUGUACGCACUACCCUCUGUAGCGCCUUACGGUCGGAUGCCGAGCAGUUGCCAUACCAGUCGGUGAUGAAACCGGUCAGGAUGCUCUUGAUAGUGCAGCUGUAUAACUUUUUGAGGAUCUGGGUACCCAUGCCAAAUCUUUUCAGUCUCCUGAGGGGGAAAAGGCAUUGUCAUGCCCUCUUCACGACUUUCUUGGUGUGUUUGGACCAUGAUAGUUCGUUGGUGACGACCCGCUCCACUACAGCCCAAUUGUUGUGAAUGGGGGCGUGUUUGGCCCUCCUUUUCCUGUAGUCCACGAUCAUCUCCUUUGUCUUGCUCACGUUGAGGGAGAGGUUGUUGUCCUGACACCAAACUGCCAGGGCUCUGACCUCCUCCCUAUAGGCUGUCUCAUCGUUGUCGGUGAUCAGGCCUACCACUGUUGUGUCGUCAGCAAACUUAAUGAUGGUGUUGGAGUCGUGCUUGGCCACGCAGUCGUGGGUGAACAGGGAGUACAGGAGGGGACUGAGCACGCACCCCUGAUGGGCCCCCGUGUUGAGGAUCAGCGUGGCAGAUGUGUUGUUGCCUACCCUUACCACCUGGAGGCGGCCCGUCAGGAAGUCCAGGAUCCAGUUGCAGAGGGAGGUGUUUAGUCCCAGGGUCCUUAGCUUAGUGAUGAGCUUUGUGGGAACUAUGGUGUUGAAUGCUGAGCUGUAGUCAAUGAACAGCAUUCUCACAUAGGUGUUCCUUUUGUCCCGGUGGGAAAGGGCAGUGUGGAGUGCGAUUGAGAUUGCGUCAUCUGUGGAUCUGUUGGGCCGUUAUGUGAACUGGAGUGGGUCUAGGGUUUCCGGGAUGAUGGUGUUGAUGUGAGCCUUUCAAAGCACUUCAUGGCUACCGGCGUGAGGGCUACGGGAUGGUAGUCAUUUAGGCAGGUUACCUUCGCUUUCUUGGGCAUAGGGACUAUGGUGGUCUGCUUGAAACUUGUACACCACCGUUCAAAGGUUUGGGGUCACUUAGAAAUGUCCUUGUUUUCGAAAGAAAAGCAAUUUUAUUUUACGCCUCACAGGUCCUCAACUGGCAGCUUCAUUAAAUAGUACCCGCAAAAUACCAGUCUCAACGUCAACAGUGAAGAGGUGGCUCCGGGAUGCUGACCUUCUAGGCAGAGUUGCAAAGAAAAAGCCAUAUCUCAGACUGCCCAUCUUAAUCUUAAAUUUGUAUUGCCCAGUCUGAGAUAUGGCUUUUUCUUUGCAACUCUGCCUAGAAAGUCAGCAUCCCGGAGUCGCCUCUUCACUGUUGACGUUGAGACUGGUGUUUUGCGGAUAUUAUUUAAUGAAGCUGCCAGUUGAGGACCUGUGAGGCGUCUGUUUCUCAAACUAAACACUCUAAUGUAUUUAUCCUCUUGCUCAGUUGUGCAACGGGGCCUCCCACUCCUCUUUCUAUUCUGGUUAGAGCCAGUUUGCGCUGUUCUGUGAAGGGAGUAGUACACAGCGUUGUAUGAGAUCUUCAGUUUCUUGGUAAUUUCUCGCAUGGAAUAGCUGAUCAUUUCUCAGAACAAGAAUAGGCUGACGAGUUUCAGAAGAAAGUUAUUUGUUUCUGGUCAUUUUGAGCCUGUAAUCGAACCCACAAUUGCUGAUGCUCCAGAUACUCAACUAGUCUCAAGAAGGCCAGUUUUAUUGCUUCUUUAAUCAGCACAACAGUUUUCAGCUGUGCUAACAUAAUUGCAAAAGGGUUUUCACAUUUUUUAAAAUGAUAAACUUGGAUUAGCAAACACAAUGUGCCAUUGGAACACAGGACUGAUGGUUGCUGAUAAUGGGCCUCUGUACGCCUAUGUAGAUAUUCCAUAAAAAAUCAGCCGUUUCCAGCUACAAUAGCCAUUUACAACAUUACCAAUGUCUACACUGUAUUUCUGAUCAAUUUGAUGUUAUUUUAAUGGACAAAAAAAAUGCUUUUCUUUUGAAAAGAAGGAAGUUUCUCAGUGACCCCAAACUUUUGAACGGUAGUGUAGGUAUUACAGACUCGGUCAGGGAGAGGUUGAAAAUGUCAGUGAAGACACUUGCCAGGUAGUCCGCGCAUGCUCUGAGUAAACGUCCCGGUAAUCCGUCUGUCCCCGCGGCCUUGUGAAUGCUGACCUGUUUAAAGGUCUUGGUCACAUCGGCUACGGAGAGCGUGAUCACACAGUCGUCCGGAACAGUUGGUGCUCUCAUGCAUGCUUCAGUGUUGCUUGCCUCGAAGCGAGCAUAAAAGGCAUUUAGCCCGUCUGGUAGGCUCGUGUCACUGGGCAGCUCACGGCUGGGUUUCCUUAUGUAGUCCAUAAUAGUUUGCAAGCCCUGCCACAUCUGACGAGCGUCAGAGCCGGUGUAGUAGGAUUCAAUCUUAGUCCUGUAUUGACGCUUUGCCUGUUUGAUAGUCCUUCCAUAUUGAGCGAGUCACUGGUACUUGCUUUUAAGCAGGAAUCAGGAGCUUUUUUAUGUGUCUCUGUGUGUGGAGUGAAGGUGGUCUAGAGUUUUUUUUCCUCUGGUUGCACAUGUAAAACGGAUUUAAGUUUUCCUGCAUUAAAGUCCCCAGCCACUAGGAGUGCCGCUUCUGGAUGAGCAUUUUUUUGUUUGCUUAUGGCCUUAUACAGCUCGUUGAGUGCGAUCUUAGUGCCAGCAUCGGUUUGUGGUGGUAAAUAAACGGCUACAAAAAAUAUAGAUGAAAACUGUCUUGGUAGAUAUUGUGGUCUACAGCUUAUCGUGAGGUACUCCAUUUCAGGCGAGCAAUACCUCGAGACUACCUUAAUAUUAGACAUCGCGCACCAGCUGUUAUUGAUAAAUAGACACACACCCCCACCCCUCGUCUUACCGGACGUAGCUGUUCUGUCCUGCCGAUGCACGGAAAAUCCAGCCAACUGUAUAUUAUCUGUGUCGUCGUUCAGUCACAACUUGUGAAACAUAAGAUAUUACAGUUUUUUAUAUUUAUUGUCCCGUUGGUAGGAUAGUCUCGAACAGAGCGCAUCCAGUGUAUUCUCCUGUGAUUGCACGUUGGGUAAUAGAACGGAUGGUAGAGGCGGGUUACCCACUCACCAACAAAUUCUCACAAGGCACCCUGAUCUCCGCCCCCUGUAUUUCCUUAUUUUCUUCAUGCGAAUGACGGGGAUUUGGGCCUUGUCUAGGAGCAACAUUAUAUCCUACAUGUCAGACUCAUUAAAGAAAAAAUCUUUGUCCAGUUUGAGGUGAGUAAUCGCUGUUCUGAUAUCCAGAAGUUAUUUUCGGUCAUAAGAGACAGUAGCAUCAACAUUAUGUACAAAAUAUGUUACAAACAAUGCGAAAAAACACACAAAAUAGCACAAUUGGUUAGGAGCCCGUAAAACGGCAGCCAUCCCCUCCGGCACCAUGCGUGAAGGAGUCAAGUGAAUGUGUUAGCCUAUGUCUUCAAGAUUAGGUUGAUGCUAUAUAGAUGUAUAACCAUCCUGUUGUGUCUCUCCUACAGACAGAUUGUUACAAUCACAUCCGCUUCCUACAGAGGUACAAUGAGACUCACCUGUACGUCUGUGGCACGCACGCCUUCAGGCCCCUCUGUGCUUACAUAGUAAGAGCUGUCCUUCCUGUUGCUGGGGAUUUCCUGGUUUACAUGCCGGCUCCCAACAAACUGCCCAUAGAGCCCCACAGUGGACAUGUCAUAUUACCCAUAAAACCUAGUGGUCAAACACGGAAAUGGUUCCAAAAAAAUUUUCACCGUCCAUUUUUCCCAUAGGGGAUCUUAGAACCACUUCAAACAAGGUCUGUGUCAUGUAGGCUUUCCCUGGCGGGACGUUUUGCUAACCGUGUAAAUCUCUCUCUGACAAGGUGUCUUUUAUCAAUAUAUUCAGCUCGAUUUACUCUCAGAUUCAAAAAUGCUAAUUAGCAUCGAAGUAGACAUCAUGCAACACUACAAAUCCCUGCAAGCUCCUGCACGUCAUCUCCAGCUGACACCUUUGCUGUCAGCUAGCUGGUUACUAGCUACUUUGAUCCAAAAUGAAAGAUAUAUUGAACAUUUUCAUUUACUGUUCCAUAUUUUAACUAAUAUUUGUCUUAUUUAUGCAUUUGGUCUUGUGUAUUGUACAGAAUACUAACCUAGUAGCAGUCAGAUAUUUACAAUGUGCCAUGAAUACUAGGCUAGAAUUUUGAAAAUAAGCUAGAUAGCUAGCUACCUACCUAGAUUAAAUUAGCAACAUACCCUUAUUUUACCAGAUCCUCUUCUCCUUCAGCCUGUGGCAGUCUAUAUUUAAUCCCUUAUAAUGUCUGCCAACUAUAUGAACGAGGUUAAAUCUAUUUCAAUUAAUGAUGUCAGAAUGCACUGCUGUAUUAAAGCAAUUCAGAACUAACUUGUUGACAUGUUCAGUUGCAGAUUCAAAGCCAGAUUAACUCAUUGCAGAAUGUAUCCAUAAUCAUGAAUAAGCAUAUUUAUUUGACAAGAAUGCACCUAGUCACCCAUCAAUCACGUCAAACACCUGAACUCCAACAAUUACAUCAAUUAAAUAAAUCAAAAUAGUAUACAAUGCAUACAUAUGCCUUUCAUACAUAAUAUAAACAUUUGACUUGAAGUAAAAAUGUCAUUAUUUAUUCAUCAAUGCCACAAACCUGGGACAUCGAAGAGCACCAUAUUAACUAUUAUUACUAUCCGAGAGCACACAGAUUCUUCUCCUUUCCAUUUUAGGAAUUAGACCACCACAAAUAACACAAAAUGUAAAACAGCAUACUGUGAUUUUUGGUGGGUGAGUUACAAAUGGAGAACAACUGGGUGUGUAAGGUAUGUUUAAUAUAAAAUACUAGGUCAACUCCAGCAGAAUAAGAAACACACUUAACAGACUCAAAACAAGGAAGCCAUGCCUAAACGCAGCUAUAUCAACACCCUUAUUGUCAUUUUAACAGGUCCAUAUUGCUGCUGUCAAUUGUGAGCAGCACAUUUAACACUGCAUUCAGUCUGAACCCUAGAAUAAGCAGGAGAACAGCAUUACACAGGUGAAAAAAAGGUAGCAAAAACAGUACACCACAACACUUUUUAAAAUGUUACUGAGUCCAGAUGUAAUCAAAUCAAGAGAACAAGUGAAGGAAGCAGCAUAGGGAAAUUGGACGAAGGUAGGGUGGGUUUAUAGAGAUAAGAUGGAGAGUUCCAUAGUGUCCGAAGUUGAGGGACCAUGGGGCAUAAAAGGCAUAGUCUGGAAUAAGGGGUAGCUAGAGGGAUGGUUGGCCAUGGAAUAAACAUAAAAUGGGGUGCUGGUGUGCUUCUGCACCCCUUUUAGGUCGUUGUCACAAAAAUCCGGCCCAUGUCCAGUCAUACUCGGGGUCUCAGCUUGUGUCCCUCGUUGUCAUUCCGUCUCAGUUGCAGCAUUCAUAUCGUUGUCAUCGUGUGUAUGUGAAUCACAACAUUAAAGACGAUGAGUGAUCACAGCAUUUCCACAAAUUGAGCCAUACACAAUACAACUUAAGGCCAGUCACCACAUAAUGAAAUGACAUUUUUGCAUGUACCUUUCAAUUUUGAGAUUUGUUGGUAUUUUGGUCCAUUAAUAUUAGUAUUUUCAAAAAGUAAACAUAAAAAUGACAAAAACUUCAUGAAAAUGUAUAUUUUCUUUAGUUAAUCAUACUACCGUCAUCAAAAUUGUAUAGAAUUUGAACCACUUUAGAAAUUGACAUAUAUCAAUAAUUUCAAAUCUCACUAAAUUAAAUUACACAUAAUUUAAAAGCCCAUUUCAUAGAGAGUGUUACAAACUGGACUAUAUUUAGUAACUUACUUUGAAGAGAUGAUUAUUGGGUCUAAAUAGGCGUUUGGCGUUUGGUAAUCUAAAUUCAGUACUUGUCUUUAACUGCCAUUUCCCGAAAGGUAGACUCAUCCCACAUGCCAUCUCAUUUUUCUCAGCUUCAGAAGCAUCUGAAUAGAUAUAUUCUCCAGACCUGCCCAGAGGGAAUUGUUGAUAUGUAGAUUUUUUAAAACAUUCUAGAUAACAUUUUCUUUGGAGAAAUACAUCAAAAAUGCAUUUUACAAAUAUGUCCUCAGUAUUUUACAGAUUGAAAGAUGAAAAAGUAUUUAUCCACAAUCUGCUCUGCACAAGUUCGGUCCUGGAGUGUCUUAACAAAAUUAAACCAAAAUAUUUAGGCUUACUUCAUCCAGUGUCCUGAAAAAUUGAUUUGCACAAUAUGCAAAAAUGUGCAUAUUUAAUGAGUUAUCUACAUUUAACUGGUAAAAGUUGAUUGUGAUAUGAUUAAGGGGAAAAAAGUAGCCUGGCCUUAAGCAUUGAGGACAGCAUUUUGUUGACAACAUGGUGGUUUACACUAUGUCUACUGUGUGUGAAUGAUUGAGGAAUCUUACCCCAGCUGUAGGUCCAUUUGAGUGUGUGUGGUCACUUAGGCCUGCACAUCAACCAGGACUGGGACCAUUGGAGACUUGGGAUGCUUGCUCUCAAAGUGCUGCUUGAAUGUCUUCUGGUCUGCAUCUGUAAAGGUCAAGUAAAAAUGAAGGAAGUUAACAAUCUGUGGCUUAGAUUGAAUUCAAAGUUGACACAAAUGAUAAACUAAGUAAUACGAUGCAACAAACUACUUCACAUAUGAAAGACUGCACCACAAAGGCCAGUACAUUAGCCUACACAUGGAGAGGACAGGGCAAGUGUGGACCAGUGAUGCCUUGGCUGCAGUCUUCUGGUCUGCAGCUGCUCCCGUCUUCUUAGCAACCGCCGCCUUGGUAUCAGUCAACAAGUUCAACUUGAGAGAGGAGCAUGCGUUAUAUAUCAAUACCCUCUAAAUGAAUCCGCCCCUGAUUACAAAGCAUACCUGAUUACAAAUCAUAGCCUAUCGCCGUGAUUUGUUAUGUUGAUUAUCAGGUGUUAGAGCUGGGUUGGGACAAAACCAUUCACACACUCCUGCUCUUCCGGACUUCCUGCAAUGACUGAAACAUUGCAGGAAGUUGAAACAGCUUACCUAGUUGAGGUGAUAAGACUCAGGCUCACCAAUUGGUUCUGGAAUAAUGUUUGCAAUUUGGCAACAAUAACAUGACAGUAAUUCUACCUCAAAAACAAAUGUGUGAAUACCAAAUAAUUUAAAACCCACCUUAGCAAGUAGGACUAAAUAAGGUUACAUAACCUUGCCUAGUAGCUAUACUAAUAAUCUGCUGUCCAGAGGGUAACAGCAAACAGAUCAAUGUCUUCCUGCAGUAAAGUAAGCACACUGUUGACUCAAGACUAGCUAGAUUACAGGUAUUGUGUAAAUUCAAAACUUGCCCGAGACAGUUCACAGAAUUGUCAAUUGAAACAAAUUUAGCCAAUUUACUCUUUACUAAAUUUAGCUAACAUUAGAUAGUUAAUCCAGAGAUUCUUACAUUUGCCUCGAUUUGGCAAUCUCGUCUAGAUCAUGGUGAGUGACGUGAAGCUUGAGACAGGUGUUUGUAGUUCUGUAUGAUAGCCACAUUAGCAGCUAACUAGCGUUUGAUUUUUGGGGGAUAAAUGCAGGGUUUAUAUAUUGAUAAAAGUCACUUUGUCCUAUAGAGAUUUACACGGUUGUCAAAACGUCACGCCAGGCAGUGGUGCAAAGUACUUACAGUGCCUUGCAAAAGUAUUCACCCCCCUUGGUGUUUCAAAAAAUUCACGCCAGGCAGUGGUGCACCAUUAAAUCCAUUCUUAAAAAAUUGAAAGAAUAUGGCACCACAACAAACCUGCCAAGAGAGGGCCGCCCACCAAAACUCACGGACCAGGCAAGGAGGGCAUUAAUCAGAGAGGCAACAAAGAGACCAAAGAUAACACUGAAGGAGCUGAAAAGCUCCACAGCGGAGAUUGGAGUAUCUGUCCAUAGGACCACUUUAAGCCGUACACUCCACAGAGCUGGGCUUUGCGGAAGAGUGAACAGAAAAAAGCCAUUGCUUAAAGAAAAAAAUAAGCAAACACGUUUGGUGUUCGCCAAAAGUCAUGUGGGAGACUCCCCAAAUAUAUGGAAGAAGGUACUCUGGUCAGAUGAGACUAAAAUUGAGCUUUUUGCAAGGAAAACGCUGUCUGGCGCAAACCCAACACCUCUCAUCACCCUGAGAACACCAUCCCCACAGUGAAGGAUGGUGGUGGCAGCAUCAUGCUGUGGGGAUGUUUUUCAUCAGCAGGGACUGGUCAGAAAUGAAGGAAUGAUGGAUGGUGCUAAAUACAGGGAAAUUCUUGAGGGAUACCUGUUUCAGUCUUCCAGAGAUUUGAGACUGGGACGGAAGUUCACCUUCCAGCAGGACAAUGACCCUAAGCAUACUGCUAAAGUAACACUUGAGUGGUUUAAGGGGAAACAUUUAAAUGUCUUGGAAUGGCCAAGUCAAAGCCCAGACCUCAAUCCAAUUAAGAAUCUGUGGUAUGACUUAAAGAUUGCUGUACACCAGCGGAACCCAUCCAACUUGAAGGAGCUGGAGGAGUUUUGCCUUGAAGAAUGGGCAAAAAUCCCAGUGGCUAGACAUACCCCAAGAUACUUGCAGCUGUAAUUGCUGCAAAAGGUGGCUCUACAAAGUAUUGACUUUUGGGGGGGGGGGGGGGGGGGGGGGGGGGGAGUGAAUAGUUAUGCACGCUCAAGUUUUCUGUGUCUUAUUUCUUGUUUGUUUCACAAUAAAACAUAUUUUGCAUCUUCAAAGUGGUAGGCAUGUUGUGUAAAUCAAAUGAUACAAACCCCCAAAAAAUCAAUUUUUAAUUCUAGGUUGUAAGGCAACAAAUAGGAAAAAUGCCAAGGGGGUGAAUACUUUCGCAAGCCACUGUAAGUAGGGGUAUCUGUACUUUACUUUACUAUUUAUACUUUUGACUACUUUUACUUUUACUUCACUACAUUCCUAAAGAAAAGUAUGUACUUUUUACUCCAUACAUUUUCCCUACACCCAAAACUACUCAUUACAUUUUGAAUGCUUAGCAGGACAGGAAAAUGGUCACACACUUAUCAAGAGAACAUCCCUGGUCAUCCCUACUACCUUGGAUCUGGUGGACUCACUAAACACAAAUGUUUAGUGUGUAAAUGAUGUCUAAGUGUUGGAGUGUGCCCCUGGCUAUCUGUAAAUGAAAAAAAACAAGAAAAUUAUGCGGUCUGGUUUGCUUUAAUCAUUUUCUAUUAAUGGUAUCUUCUUUUACUCAAGUAUGACUAUUGAGUAUUUUUUUACCACUAAAGCCAGGGUAAAUCUACACAAAACACAGCCGUUAUUUAAAGUGUUUAUAAAAUUAAGGAUGGAAAAUCGAUUGGAACCAUUUCCAUGUUUGACCGCUAUGUUUUAUGGGUAUUAUGACUCAUACAGUAGUACUCUAUUAGCAUGCUGUGUUACCUGCUUUGGUGAUGGUUUGAUUUAUAUUCCCAUACUGUAGUUAUUGAUCCUCUCUCUUCUUCUCUUUUCUGUCAGGAUGUGGAGCGCUUCAGUUUCUCCUCUGGCUUCGAAGAGGGCAGGGACAGGUGUCCCUACGACCCAGCCAAGGGCUACACCGGCCUCCUUGUGGGUAAGAACCCUAAUCUACCCCCUGGGCUGCACUAUUUUGCCCUAACCCACUGCUAAGAAUGGACUGAGAGACACUCUUCUAUCCCCUGUUCUGUGUUCUAUCUCUCUGAUCCCUCCGGUCCUGAUUGCAGACGGUGAGAUGUUCUCAGCCUCCCAGUAUGAGUUCCGCAGCUCUCCGGAUGUCCGUCGGAACUUCCCCUUCCCCAAUCUGAGGACAGAGGAGGCCCCCACCAGGUGGCUGCUGGGUAAAGACAGGCUCACCCAUCCGUUAUCUUAUAGACAUUGGUUUCAUUUUGUGGCUUGAUCCCAUAGACAUUAAAACCAGUAGAUAGUGAUAGCACUGACGUCAUCCGCGUAUUCCUAUGGAAAACUCCCGAUGGCGCAUGAAGCCGGAAGCAUUUUAAUUUGAAACGCGCCAUAUUGCUGAAUGGGGCUGAAUGGCACCAAAAAACUCACUAAGGAUCAUGGUGAAAGUGGCCGUAACUAGCAAAGGAUCAUGGUCGAUAUAGUCCUGCCUGAUAGAGUUAACCUUAACGUCUAUGGAGCCUUCUAGUAGCCUGCUGGCCCGUGAUUGGUCUGUGUCAAAUGUAGUAGUCAGAAUCACUAUUUAAUUAAAUAUCUCGAUUUGUAGCGAACUUAAUUCACCUUGGGGAUCGAAUUUGAUCAUAAUAAACUCGGCCAAAACGGGCAUCUACAUUUUUUUUUCUUCUGCCAAUCGGAAUUUAUAUAGGCUUUCUAGGGCAGACUAGGGCUUUUGGCACCAAUAGGUUGCUUUGCAGUAGCUGACCAACAGAGCUCUUGACUUGACUUCAGCCAGAAAUUCGUUGGUGGGUGGAGAAGUAUUUUUGUAAUAAUAAUGUAUAAUUUUUUUAAAUGUUGCUCAAUCUGAUUGGGUGGGCCUGGCAGGGCCUGGCUCCCCAGUGGGUGGGCAUGCCUACGCCCCUGAACCGAACACUGAGGGCCUGCUUGAUCCCUACAGCUAUGCAAUUUUAGAAUACCAAUGUAAACUGUAAUUUUGAUGAAUUAUACUACAACUAUAUGGUACUAAGCAGACCUGGGUUCAAAUACAUGCAUAUUUAAAUAUUUGUAUAUGAAAUACUUAUUUUCUGUGUAUUUGAGUAUUUUCAAAUUGACUGGCAAAAUCAACUACUUUUGGGGUCCCCUUGGAAUGUCCUAUACUCAUCUUAAUUUUCAUGCAAGGCAAACUGGGUGGGGGCUUCUAUGGGUACAGUAUUAGUAUUUGAAAAUACACUACUUCAAAUAGAGUUAGUUGUAAAUACAUGACAAUACAUUCCAAUUUCCAAAUACAUUCCUUUAAUAUUCAACUACUUGUAUUUUCAAAUAAACUUUGUCUAAAUAAUUGUUUUGAAAUGUAUUUGAAACUAAUUAAAAUGCAGUAAAUAUUAUCAAAUCUAAUUAUUUGAACCCAUGUCUGGUGCUAAGUACUGGCCGAAACAUAGGGCUUUUAGUAUUCAUUCCUUCAUAAUACAAGAUCUGCCUUCACCUUAGCAUUCUCAAAUGUAUAUGCUGUGGCCAUCCUUGCUUUCAACCUACAUUAUCUCUGUACCAGUAGGUGGCAUGGUAGGAGGGUUACAAUAACAUUAAUCUCUCCAUAGUAUGUGCUUUUCCAGGAGUUGGACAGAAUGUACACAGUGUGAUGAUCUGUGUUUUGUUAUUGUGUGAGCAGAGGCGGACUUUGUGGGCUCGGCGCUGCUGAAGGAGAGCGUCAACAGCUCGGUGGGCGAUGACGACAAGAUCUACUUCUUCUUCACGGAGAGGAGCCAGGAGCAGAUGGCCUACCCCAGCCAGACCAGGGUGGCACGUGUGGCCCGAAUCUGCAAGGUAGGCCUGAAGGGGGACAUGUGUUAUGGCAUUAGCGGUUGCCCAACUCAAUGGAGAGAGAAAGCGGAGAAAGGGCUCAAUGGCUGCAAUGGAAUGAAUGGAACGGUAUCAAACACAAGGAAACUCAAGGUUACUUGCGUAACCCAGGUUCUCUGAUAUUAUGAGUGAGAUAUCUCACAUGUGGGAUUCACCUCGAAGAACCAAUUACACACGUCUGUCGGAGACAAACAGGUCGGUGUGGCAAAUGAGGUGAGCCCCUCCCCUCAUUAUAAGGAGCCACUUGCCCGCCCUCUGGUCAUUCCCGAGCAUGCCGAACUUCCUCACACUCUUGCGAGUAGGGUGAGAUAUCUCACUCAUAAUAUCAGAGAACUUGGGUUACGCAAGUAACCUUGAGUUCUCUUUCAAUUUUUUGUUUUGAUAUCUCACGUGGGAUAUGGCCAACUCCCAUAUCGCAAACGCUCUCCGAAGCCAGGUAGUCUCAACGAAUCAACCCUCAAAGACCCCAACACUGAGGACAGUAUGUGCGCAGUGACGUCAAGCUGGUAGAACCUGAUAAAAUAGGUUGCCCAACAAGCCGCAACACACAUUUCCUGUAAGCAGAUGCCCUUGAACAGUGCCCAAGUGUUAACCAUACCUCUGGUGAAGUGAGCCCACAGGCCCUCCGGAGGCUGUAACCCCUUGCUAUUAUAGGCCAAUAAAAUACCUUCCACAAUCCAAUGUCAUAACCAUUGGUGAGAGAGGGGCCUCCACUUGCAGGUAGGUGCCCAGGACACAAAGAGUUGGUUGCUUUUGCGCAAAGCUCUCGUUCUUUCCAAGUAUAUGCGCAAAGCCCGUACUGGACACAAAGGAUGCUCUUCUUCCGUAGAAGGGAAGGGUGGCGGGUGGAAAGCUACAAGCUCUAAGGCAAGACAAUUGUAAUCGCCGCUGACCUUAGGCAUAAAGGCAGGGUUGGGUAACAAGGAAACCUUGGAAAAAACCCGGGCAAACGGUAGGCACGAAUGGUGAACUGAAAGUGCAUGCACCUCAUUCACUCACUUUGCGGACGUAAGGGCGAACAGCGGCUCAUCGAGGGGCUACCUUCUUCCCUCAUUCUGACUAGUGUGGGGAGUAUGAGACUUAGAGGAGGAAAAGCGUAAAGCAACACCCUCAGCCAUGGGUUUGCCCGCUCCUCCACUUUGGUCGAAUGCUCCUAUCUAUCCACGGAUAUGGUUUGGGUAUGUUCACUGUAGGAACAACAUCCUCUAUGCACUUCCUGAUGAAUAUACCCACUAUGUCUAAAGGUCCUAGCCAGCGAUUUCACAAUACUGUGAUGUCAUCAGAGCACAACGCAUGCUGAACGCGGAAUGAGAGAGAGCUCGGUUUGUUGUUUUUGAACGUUUCAGGAAAAGUGUUUUCUUGAAUAAUUCUAUUAUUACUAGCCUACCUGUUUAAUUUGGAUCCCGCGAUGCGGUUAUCCUCAGUUGCUGGGUCCACUACAAUCUGUCCCGGAAUACUGCCAAACCCUAAGGUAUGAAGAACUGUCAUUGCUUGUCCAUAUAUGUACAGUGGCUAGCGAAAGUAUUCAACCCCCUUGGCAUUUUUCCUAUUUUGUUGCCUUACAACCUGGAAUUAAAAUGGAUUUUUGGGGGGUUUAUAUCAUUUGAUUUACACAACAUGCCUUUGAAGAUGCAAAAUACUUUUUUUUGUGAAACAAACAAGAAAUAAGACAGAAAAACUGAAAACUUGAGCGUGCAUAACUAUUCACCCCCCCAAAGUCAAUACUUUGUAGAGCCACCUUUUGCAGCAAUUCCAGCUGCAAGUCUCUUGGGAUAUGUCUAUAUAAGCUUAGCACAUCUAGCCACUGGGAUUUUUGCCCAUUCUUCAAGGCAAAACUGCUCCAGCUCCUUCAAGUUGGAUGGGUUCCGCUGGUGUACAGAAAUCUUUAAGUCAUACCACAGAUUCUCAAUUGGAUUGAUUGAGGUCUGGGCUUUGACUAGGCCAUUCCAAGACAUUUAAAUGUUUCUCCUUAAACCACUUGAGUGUUGCUUUAGCAGUAUGCUUAGGGUCAUUGUCCUGCUGGAAGGUGAACCUCUGUCCCAGUCUCAAAUCUCUGGAAGACUGAAACAGGUUUCCCUCAAGAAUUUCCAUGUAUUUAGCACCAUCCAUCAUUCCAUUAAUUCUGACCAGUUUCCCAGUCCCUGCCGAUGAAAAACAUCCCCACAGCAUGAUGCUGCCACCACCAUGCUUCACUGUGGGGAUGGUGUUCUCGGGGUGAUGAGAGGUGUUGGGUUUGCGCCAGACAUAGCGUUUUCCUUGAUGGCCAAAAAGCUCAAUUUUAGUCUCAUCUGACCAGAGUUCCUUCUUCCAUAUAUUUGGGGAGUCCCACAUGUGUUUGCUUAUUUUUUUCUUUAAGCAAUGGCUUUUUUCUGUUCACUCUUCCGUAAAGCCCAGCUCUGUGGAGUGUACGGCUUAAAGUGGUCCUAUGGACAGAUACUCCAAUCUCCGCUGUGGAGCUUUGCAGCUCCUUCAGGGUUAUCUUUGGCAGGUUUGUUGUGGUGCCAUAUUCUUUCAAUUUUUUUAUAAUGGAUUUAAAUGGUGCUCCGUGGGAUGUUCAAAACUUUGUCUCUGACCUGUUUGGAGAGCUACUUGGUCUUCAUGGUGCCGCUUGCUUGGUGGUGCCCCUUGCUUAGUAGUGUUGCAGACUCUGGGGCCUUUCAGAACAGGUUGCAUAUAUACUGAGAUCAUGUGACAGAUCAUGUGACACUUAGAUUGCACAAAGGUGGACUUUAUUUAACUAAUUAUGUGACUUCUGAAGGUAAUUGGUUGCACCAGAUCUUAUUUAAGGGCUUCAUAGUAAGGGGGUGAAUACAUAUGCACGCACCACUUUUCCAUUAUUUAUUGUUUAGAACUUUUUGAAACAAGUUAUUUUUUUCAUUUCACUUUACCAAUUUGGACUAUUUUGUGUAUAUCCAUUACAUGAAAUCCAAAUAGAAAUCGAUUUAAAUUACAGGUUGGAAUGCAACAAAGCGCCAGGACCGUCUCCUAAAGUUGAUUCAGCUGUGGGAUCGGAGCACCACCAGUAAAGAGCUUGCUCAGGAAUGGCAGCAGGCAGGUGUGAGUGCAUCUGCACGCACAGUGGGGUGAAGACUUUUGGAGGAUGGCCUGGUGUCAAGAAGGGCAGCAAAGAAGCCACUUCUCUCCAGGAAAAACAUCAGGGAUAGACUGAUUCUGCAAAAGGUACAGGGAUUGGACUGCUGAGGACUGGGGUAAAGUCAUUUUCUCUGAUGAAUCCUCUUUCCGAUUGUUUGGGGCAUCCGGAAAACACCUUGUCCUGAGAAGACAAGGUGAGCGUUACCAUCAGUCCUGUGUCAUGCCAACAGUAAAGCAUCCUGAGACCAUUCAUGUGUGGGGUUGCUUCUCAGCCAAGGGAGUGGGCUCACUCACAAUUUUGCCUAAGAACACAGCCAAGAAUGGUACCAACACUGCAAAUAUUGACUCUUUGCAUAAACUUCAUGUAAUUGUCAAUAAAAGCCUUUGACACUUAUGGAAUGCUUGUAAGUAUACCAUAGUAACAUCUGACAAAAAUAUAUCAUAACACUGAAGCAGCAAACUUUGUGAAGACCAAUACUACUCAUUCUCUAAACUUUUGACCACGACUGUACUUACAUUCAGUAAUCUUGCUCUGAUUUCUCAUCCUAAGGGUCCCAGAGAUAAAAUGUAGCAUAGUUUUGUUUGAUACAAUCCAUUUUUAUAUUCAAAUGUAGAAACUGGGUUCUACAGUUUGAACUCCUGCUGUGUCUGGCUCCACACCCACCCCGCCUGGCCAUCUAGAUGUGUGAAAGUUAGUGUAUAAGCUAAUGAUCCAUCAUGUAUGACAUUCCUGAGAGUGUGUAAACUUACAUUUUGUAUUACCAUAUAAUUUUUGUGUGUUCUCUAUAUGUACUUGAACAUGUACCAUUUGACCAAUUCGUCACAUUUGGGCAAACUUGAUACAAAAUAGUCCAGUAUUGCAAUGCUUCACUGGAUCAAUCUGAAACGUUGCACACACACUGCUGCCAUCUAGUGGCCAGUAUCUAAAUUGUGCCUAAACUGCAAUAUUAUUUUGUGGAACAAAAUAAUUAAUAAAAAACACGUUUUUUUGUUUGUAUUAUCUUUUACCAGAUCUAAUGUGUUAUAUUCUCCUACAUUAAUUUCACAUUUCCACAAACUUCAAAGUGUUUCCUUUCAAAUGGUAUCAAGAAUAUGCAUAUCCUUGCUUCAGGUUCUGAGCUACAGGCAGUUAGAUUUGGAUAUGUCAUUUUAGGGUCCAAACCUUAAGAGGUUAAUAUAUGUAGCCUUAGAAAUAAAGUUAAUGAAAUCAAUAAUUUGCUAACAUCAGAUAACAUUCAUAUAUUAGCCAUUUCUGAGACUCACUUAGAUAAUUAUUUGGAUGAUACAGCAGUAGCAAUACAAGGAUAUAACAUCUACAGAAGAUACAGGAAUGCCUAUGGGGGAGGUGUUGCUGGAUAUAUUCAGAACGAUAUCCCUGUAAUGCUUAAAGAAGAUAUCAUGUCAAGUGUUAUUAAAGUGUUGUGGUUGCAGGUUCACCUGCCUCAUCUAAAGCCUAUUCUUUUAAGGUGUUGCUAUAGGCCACCAAGUUUUUCAAUUGUUUUAUUAAUCAGUUACCCAAUUAAGACAGGGGCCCCCAGUUACCAACGUGUGCCCCAACCUCCUCUCCUCUGAAAUAUAGUCCUUUAUUUUUAUUACAAUAUUUUUAUUUUUUCUUUGCCCCCCACGUGCCUGGGCCCAGGGGCUUCAGCCCCGGUAAGCCUCUGCAUUAAUCCGGCCCUGAAUAUGACCCAGGUUAUCACUCAACCAACUAGAGUGCAUACCAAUAGUGUUGGGUCUGGUGACAUCCACAUGUAUUGAUCAUAUCUUCACUAAUGCUGCAGAGCUUUGCUACAAAGCAAUAUCAGUUCCCAUUGGCUGUAGUAACCAUAACAUUGUGGCAAUGACAAGGAAAGCCAAAGUGCCAAAGAUUGGGCCUAAAGUAAUUUAUACGAGAUCAUACAAAAUGUUUUCUCAGGACUCUUUUGUUGAAGAUGUAAAAAGGAGGAAAUGAGGAAGUGAAUCCAGAUGCAGCACUGGAUGUAUUUGUAAAAUUAUGAGCUGUUAAGAAACUGUUAGAGCCCUCUGGAUUGAUGAUUAAUUGAAAAAUUGUAUGGUUCAAAUAAAUUAUGCAAAAGAGGUGGCAAACAAGUCAGGCUGCUCAGCUGAUUGGUUGACAUACUGUAAAUUGAGAAAUGUUGUGACUAAACUUAACAAAAAUAAGAAUUCAUGACAUUACUAAACCAAGAUAAAUGACAUAAAACACAAUGGAAAAAUACUUUGGAGUACCUUAAAUUAUAUCAUGGGCAGAAAACCCAAUUCUCCAUUGUUCAUUGAAGUUGAUGGGCCAUUUAUAGCAAUACCUUUCGAUAUUGCCAAUCAAUUCAAUUACUAUUUCACAAGUGGAAAAACUCAGAAGUGAAAUGACAACAUUGAACAGUGAACCAUCAUAUUUUGUAAAAAAUAUCUAGUAAUGAAAGAGAAGAUGGAAAAAGAGAUGGAAAAACAAUUGUUAUGAUAAGAGAUGGAAAAACUAUUGUUAUGAUAAGCCACCAGGUAUAGACAACCUUGAUGGGAAACUACUGAGAAUGGUAGCAGACUGUAUUGCCACCCCUAUUUUGGUAUAUCUUUAACCAAAGCCUGAAGGAAUGUAUGUGUCCACAGCCGUGGAAGGAAGCUAAAGUAAUUCCCCAUUGCCUAAAAAUAGUAAAGCACCCUUUGCUGGCUCUAACAGCUGCCAAAUCAGUUUGAUGCCUGUUCUUAGUAAACUGAUGGAGAGAAUUGUGUUUGACCAAAGUAAAUGCUAUUUUUCAGCGAACAAGUUACUGCUGACUUUCAGCAUGCAUAUACACUGAGUGUACAAAACAUUAGGAACACCUGCUCUUUCCAUGACAUAGACUGACCAGGUGAAUCCAGGUGACAGCUAUGAUCCCUUAUUAAUGUCACUUGUUAAAUCCACUUCAAUCAGUGUAGAUGAAGGGGAGGAGACAGGUUUAAGAAUGAUUUUUAAGCCUUGAUACAAUUGAGACAUGGAUUGUGAAUGUGUGCCAUUCAGAGGGAGCCAGGCACACCGGUUUGAGUGUGUCAAGAACUGCAACAUUGCUGGGUUUUUCACGCUCAACAGUUUCCCAUUUCAAGAAUGGUCCACCACCCAAAGGACAUCCAGCCAACUUGACACAACUGUGGGAAGCAUUGGAGUCAACAUGGGCUAGCAUCCCUAUGCAACACUUUCGACACCUUGUAGAGUCCAUUCUCCGAUGAAUUGAGGCUGUUUUGAGGGCAAAAGGAGGUGCAACUCAAUAGUAGGAAGGUGUUUCUAAUGUUUUGUACACUCAGUGUAGAGAAGGGCACUUCACUUGUACUGCACUGACCCAGAUGACAAAUUAUUGGUAAAAAGAAAUGGAUAAUAAGAUGAUAGUUGGAGCUGUAUUGUUAGAUUUUACUGAAGCCUUUGAUGUUAUUGAUCAUACACUGUUAUUGAAGAAACUCACUUGCUAUGAUUUUACACCACAUGCCAUCACAUGGUUGGAGAGUUAUUUAUCCAAUAGAACCCAGAGAGUGUUCUUCAAUAAAAGCUUCUGUAACAUCAGAUAUGUACAGUGCGGUGUCCCUCUGGGAAGUUACCUUGGGCCGUUUCUCUUCUCUAUUUUUACAAAUGAUUUACCACUGGUCUUACACAAAGCUAGAAUGGACUAUGUAUAUGGAUGAUUCUAAACUCUACAUGUCAGCACCCAAAGCCAGUGAGCUCACUGAAAUGCUAAAUAAGGAGUUACAGUCAGUAUCAGAAUGGGUGAUUAAUAAUAAACUGGUCUUAAAUACAUCUAAAACAUUCUCUAAGACCUACUGUAAACCUUGUGUAUAAACGGUGUGACCAUUGAGCAAGUUGAGGACGCUAAACUCCUAGGUAUAACAUCGGAUGGUCAAUUAUCAUGGUCAAGUCAUAUUGAUAAAGUUGUUGUAAAAUGGGGAUGGGAAUGUCUGUUAUAAAAAUAUGUUCUGCGUUUUUGACACAAAAAUCAAUUGUAGUAGUUGUUCAGGCUCUGGUUUUGUCCCAUACUGUCCGGUAAUAUGGUCAAGCGCAGCAAAGAAUGACCUAGCAAAGCUGCAGCUGGCUCAAAACAGAGUGCAUGCCUUGCCCAGAACUAACAUCAACAACAUGCUUGCCAGUCUUUACUGGUUGAGGGUUAACGAGAGAUGAACUGCUUCUCUUCUAGUUUUUAUUAUCAUUACUAGUUUUUAUGAGUAUUACUGUAAUGUAAAUUCCAGUUUGUCUGCACAAUCAAAUAACAUUCAGCUCAGACACCCAUACAUACCCCAAAAGACAUGCCACCAGGGGUCUCUUCACAGUCCCCAAGUCCAAAAGGUAUUCACGGCAACGCACAGUAUUAUACAGAGCCAUGAUGGCAUGGAACUCCCUUCCAUCCCCAAUUACUCAAACAAACAGUAAAAGUACCUUAAAAAUAUAUAUAUUAAACAACAUUUCAUGGAAUGGCAGGAACUGUGAGGGGGGACACAGACACACAGACACACUUUAACACACACAUAAUUGUUUUAGUUGUACUGUUUGUACUAUUUUUAUUACUAUUUUUAGUUGUAUUGUUUGUAUAUCAUUGUAUUUUUAAUUUCUGACACUCUUCCUGUCUUUCAGUGUGUCAGUGUUUUGUUGCUUGUAAUGUUUUGUGUUUUUGUGUGGACCCCAGGAAGAGUAGCUGCUGCUUUGGCCAAAGCUAAUGGGGAUCCCAAUAAACCAAAAAAACCCAGAGACAGAGUUUGUGUAUUCGUCGAUGUUAUUCUCAGAGGCGGCCCGGAACAUAUCCCAGUCCGCGUGAUCAAAACAGUCCUGUAGCAUGGAUUCCGAUUGGUCAGACCAGCGUUGAACAGACCUUACCACGGGGUGCUUCCUGAUUUAAUUUCUGCCUAUAGGUGGGGAGGAGCAGAAUGGAGCCGUGGUCUGAUUUGCAGAAGGAGGGGGGCGAAGGAGGGCUUUGUAUCCAUCUCGGAAUGGAGAAUAACAAUGGUCUAAUGUAUUUUUCCCGUGAAUGGGGCAAAAUAUGUGUUGGUGGAACGAAUGCGGCCUUGGGAUAUGCUGUUUCCAAUUUGUUCAAAGUCCCUUGUUUGCUCAAAGUCCAGAGACUGUACAUUAGCAAGUAAUAUACUAGGAAGCGGAGGAUGGUUUUCCCUUUUCCUUAAUCGGACUAGAACCCCAGCACACCUUCCCCUUCUUCGGCGGCGUCUUUUUGGAAAAAGGGCUCCCGUGAUGAAUGGAACUGCUUUGGAUCCAGCUCCGUAAAGUCAAAUUUGUGGUGAGUAAUCUCAGAUCUGAUGUCCAGAAGUGCUUGCCGGUCAUAGGAAAUAAUACUAUAAACUUUCUGAGCAAAUAAAGUAAAAAAGAACACUAACAUAAACAAAAGACUGCAAAGUUGGUUGGGAGCUAGCAACAGGGCGACCAUCGUCGGUGCCAUCUUGUUUACAAUUCAGGUGAAUCCCAAAUGUGAGAUAUCACAACACAUAAUUGAAAGAGAACCAGCGUCCUCCGAUUUCUCCCUCCACUAGACUUUGCUUGUACAAGGGCUUUCUCCCGGAAUAGCUUCCCUUCUCACCAAGACUCCAGGCCAAACCUGGAGGGUUGGCAACCUUAUUUUGGAUACCUAUAUUGAGUACUUGUUGUUUUCAUUUCUGAGGAGAGGAGUACUGUGCAUGUUCUUGGAGUUGGCUGUGUUUUUCAUUCAAGUUGUGUUCUCACCCACUGAGUGAACUUCAGGUUGAUUAUUGUCCUCCUUGCGUCUUGGCUGCUUUCUGAGGGGCUUCUUGGUGUGCCACUGUUGCCAGGCAGAGUAGAAGCACACCCAAGCCUGCUCCAAUGGUAGACUCCUUCUUUCUCUUCCCCCUUUCUCUCUCUCUCUUUCUCUCGCUCUCCAUCCCACCCCCUUUCUCUAUUUUUUUCUCUCUCUCUCUCCUCUCUCUCUCUCCUCUCGCUCUCUCCCUCCCCCACUCUCUCCCUCCCCCUCCCCCCUCUCUCACCUAAUUUCAUUGGAGAUCAGUGUCUCUCUAUCAGAAACCACUCCUGGAGAUACACUAGACAGUUUUUUCACUCCUCCUCCUCUCUCUUUGGCUUAGACAUGUCCCCAUUAUUUCAUGCUUGCAGUCCCCCUCUAUCACAAAUGCAGCUUUCUGGGAAUGGGGACAUGUCUGCUGCAUGUGCCCACUCUGUGGUGAUGGUGAUGGUGGGGGGAGUAGAAUGUGAUGGAUCCAGCCCUAACUGGGCCACAACAGCGUUCACAUUAGUGCAAGCCAGACCAGUGGCACGCCACAACUGGAGGCUUGCCAAAGGUCAGUCUGUUUCUCAGCAAAUCCCCAACCUCCUUUCCAUUGUCAACCCACAUCUACGGUGUACGGUCUACCGCACAGCCAUCCAGUUGCCAGAUGUGGCGUCCAUGCUUCAGGCAGGCCUACUUGGCUAGCAGCCUAUAAAGCUAUCAGCCCUAGCCCCUGCAUGGCUCCCAUCAUUUUUUUUUUAGACCAGUGCCAAGGGAUGCACAUUGUUCUCUAGUCCAGCACUAACAUUUACAUGUACAUUUACGUCAUUUAGCAGACGCUCUUAUCCAGAGCGACUUACAAAUUGGUGCAUUCACCUUAUAGCCAGUGGGAUAACCACUUUACAAUGUUUUUGUUUUUUUUGGGGGGGGGGGGUGGGUUGGGGUAAGGGGGGGGGUAGAAGGAUUACUUUAUCCUAUCCCAGGUAUUCCUUAAAGAGGUGGGGUUUCAAAUGUCUCCGGAAGGUGGUGAGUGACUCCGCUGUCCUGGCGUCGUGAGGGAGCUUGUUCCACCAUUGGGGUGCCAGAGCAGCGAACAGUUUUGACUGGGCUGAGCGGGAACUAUGCUUCUGCAGAGGUAGGGGAGCCAGCAGGCCAGAGGUGGAUGAACGCAAUGCCCUCAUUUGGGUGUAGGGACUGAUCAGAGCCUGAAGGUACGGAGGUGCCGUUCCCCUCACAGCUCCGUAGGCAAGCACCAUGGUCUUGUAGCAGAUGCGAGCUUCAACUGGAAGCCAGUGGAGUGUGCGGAGGAGCGGGGUGACAUGAGAGAACUUGGGAAGGUUGAACACCAGACGGGCUGCAGCAUUCUGGAUGAGUUGUAGGGGUUUAAUGGCACAGGCAGGGAGCCCAGCCAACAGCGAGUUGCAGUAAUCCAGACGGGAGAUGACAAGUGCCUGGAUUAGGACCUGUGCCGCUUCCUGUGUAAGGCAGGGUCGUACUCUCCGAAUGUUGUAGAGCAUGAACCUACAGGAUCGGGUCACCGCCUUGAUGUUAGCGGAGAACGACAGGGUGUUGUCCAGGGACACACCUGAUUCAACUAAUCAAGGGCUUAGUUAGUUGGUAAGUUGGGUCAGAUGUGCUACUGCUGGGCUAGAACAUAAAUGUGCAUCCCUUGGCACUGGUCUACUUCCUCCAGUUUCCUCCAGUUAAUUUUCGCACAGGCAGAUCGUUAGGGUGCUAUGCUGUGUCAGGAUCCUUGUGUCUGUUGAUAUACAGUGGGGGAAAAAAGUAUUUAGUCAUCCCCCAAUUGUGCAAGUUCUCCCACUUAAAAAGAUGAGAGAGGCCUGUAAUUUUCAUCAUAGGUACACGUCAACUAUGACAGACAAAAUGAGCAUUUUUUUUCCAGAAAAUCACAUUGUAGGAUUUUUAAUGAUUUUAUUUGCAAUUAUGGUGGAAAAUAAGUAUUUGGUCAAUAACAAAAGUUUCUCAAUACUUUGUUAUAUACCCUUUGUUGGCAAUGACACAGGUCAAACGUUUUCUGUAAGUCUUCACAAGGUUUUCACACACUGUUGCUGGUAUUUUGGCCCAUUCCUCCAUGCAGAUCUCCUCUAGAGCAGUGAUGUUUUGGGGCUGUCGCUGGGCAACACAGACUUUCAACUCCCUCCAAAGAUUUUCUAUGGGGUUGAGAUCUGGAGACUGGCUAGGCCACUCCAGGACCUUGAAAUGAUUCUUACGAAGCCACUCCUUCGUUGCCCGGGUGGUGUGUUUGGGAUCAUUGUCAUGCUGAAAGACCCAGCCACGUUUCAUCUUCAAUGCCCUUGCUGAUGGAAGGAGGUUUUCACUCAAAAUCUCACGAUACAUGGCCCCAUUCAUUCUUUCCUUUACACGGAUCAGUCGUCCUGGUCCCUUUGCAGAAAAACAGCCCCAAAGCAUGAUGUUUCCACCCCCAUGCUUCACAGUAGGUAUGGUGUUCUUUGGAUGCAACUCAGCAUUCUUUGUCCUCCAAACACGACGAGUUGAGUUUUUACCAAAAAGUUAUAUUUUGGUUUCAUCUGACCAUAUGACAUUCUCCCAAUCCUCUUCUGGAUCAUCCAAAUGCACUCUAGCAAACUUCAGACGGGCCUGGACAUGUACUGGCUUAAGCAGGGGGACACGUCUGGCACUGCAGGAUUUUAGUCCCUGGUGGCGUAGUGUGUUACUGAUGGUAGGCUUUGUUACUUUGGUCCCAGCUCUCUGCAGGUCAUUCACUAGGUCCCCCCGUGUGGUUCUGGGAUUUUUGCUCACCGUUCUUGUGAUCAUUUUGACCCCACGGGGUGAGAUCUUGCGUGGAGCCCCAGAUCGAGGGAGAUUAUCAGUGGUCUUGAAUGUCUUCCAUUUCCUAAUAAUUGCUCCCACAGUUGAUUUCUUCAAACCAAGCUGGUUACCUAUUGCAGAUUCAGUCUUCCCAGCCUGGUGCAGGUCUACAAUUUUGUUUCUGGUGUCCUUUGACAGCUCUUUGGUCUUGGCCAUAGUGGAGUUUGGAGUGUGACUGUUUGAGGUUGUGGACAGGUGUCUUUUAUGCUGAUAACAACUUCAAACAGGUGCCAUUAAUACAGGUAACGAGUGGAGGACAGAGGAGCCUCUUAAAGAAGAAGUUACAGGUCUGUGAGAGCCAGAAAUCUUGCUUGUUUGUAGGUGACCAAAUACUUAUUUUCCAUCAUAAUUUGCAAAUAAAUUCAUAAAAAAUCCUACAAUGUGAUUUUUUGGAAAAUAUUUUCUCAAUUUGUCUGUCAUAGUUGACGUGUACCUAUGAUGAAAAUUACAGGCCUCUCUCAUCUUUUUAAGUGGGAGAACUUGCACAAUUGGUGGCUGACUAAAUACUUUUUUUCCCCCACUGUAAAUGAUUAGCCACAGAGCAUAUGUAUUACAAUCAACCAGAGGGGCUGUUCACAACAUCACCACAACCAAAAUCUCUUCAGUCUUAGACUGCCAUGCUUUUCUAUACCGGCUGCUUGUACCUUGUUUUGUCUUCUCUUUUGUAUACUGAACAAAGCUAUUGUUUCUUGAUGGAACAUCACUUUUUAUGUACAGUACCUGUCAAAGGUUUGGACACACCUACUCAUUCCAGGGUUUUUCUUUAUUUGUACUAUUUUCUACAUUGUAGAAUAAUAGUGAAUACAUCAAAACUAUGAAAUAACACAUAAGGAAUCAUGUAGUAACCAAAUAAUUGUCACCCUUUGCCUUGAUGACAGCUUUGCACACUCUUGGUAUUCUCUCAACCAGCUUCAUGAGGUAGUCACCUGGAAUGCAUUUCAAUUAACAGGUGUGCCUUCUUAAAAGUUAAUUUGUGGAAUUUAUUUCCUUCUUAAUGCGUUUGAGCCAAUCAGUUGUGUUGCGGCAAGGUGGGGUUGGUAUACAGAAGAUAGCCCUAUUUGGGCUCAAUUAUUUCAAGAACAGCUCAAAUAAGCAAAGACAAACGACAGUCCAUCAUUACUUUAAGACAUGAAGGUCAGUCAAUCCGGAAAAUGUCAAGAACUUUGAAAGUUUCUUCAAGUGCAGUCGCAAAAAACAUCAAGCGCUAUGAUGAAACUGGCUCGCAUGAGGACCGCCACAGGAAUGGAAGACCCAGAGUUAUCUCUGCUGCAGAGGAUAAGUUAGAGUUACCAGCCUCAGAAAUCGGCAAUUAACUGCACCUCAGAUUGCAGCCCAAAUAAAUGCUUCACAGAGUUCAAGUAACAGACACAUCUCAACAUCAACUGUUCAGAGGAGACUGCGUGAAUCAGGCCAACAUGGUCGAAUUGCUGCAAAGAAACCACUACUAAAGGACACCAAUAAUAAGAAGAGACUUGCUUGGGCCAAAAACACGAGCAAUGGACAUUAGACCAGUGGAAAUCUGUCCUUUGGUUUGAUGAGUCCAAAUUUGAGAUUUUUGGUUCCAACCGCCAUGUCUUUGUGAGAUGCAGAGUAGGUGAACGGAUGAUCUACGCAUGUGUGGUUCCCACCGUGAAGCAUGGAGGAGGAGGAGGUGUGAUGGUGCUUUGCUGGUGACACUGUUGGUGAUUUAUUUAGAAUUCAAGGCACACUUAACCAGCAUGGCUACCACAGCAUUCUGCAGCGAUACACCAUCCCAUCCAGUUUGCGCUUAGUGGGACUAUAAUUUGUUUUUCAACAGGACAAUGACGCAAAACACACCUCCAGGCUGUGUAAGGGCUAUUUGACCAAGAAGGAGAGUGAUGGAGUGCUGCAUCAGAUGACCUGGCCAAUUGAGAUGGUUUGGGAUGAGUUGGAAAAGCAGCCAACAAGUGCUCAGCAUAUGUGGGAACUCCUUCAAGACUUUUGGAAAAGCAUUCCAGGUGACUACCUCAUGAAGCUGGUUGAGAGAAUGCCAAGAGUGUGCAAAGCUGUCAUCAAGGCAAAGGGUGGCUACUUUGAAGAAUCUAAAAUAUAACAUAUAUUUGAUUUGUUUAACACUUUUUUGGUUACUACAUAUUCCAUAUGUGUUAUUUCACAGUUUUGAUGUCUUAACUAUUAUUCUACAACGUAGAAAAUAUUUUAAAAAUAAAGAAAAACCGUUGAAUGAGUAGGUGUGUCCAAACUUUUGACUGGUACUGUAUGAGUAAUGUGUGCUGUUUUGUGUUUGUUUCGUUUGAUUUGUUUACUGUGACUACUAUAUUUUCUGAAGGAUAAUGUACUGAGGCUGGGUAUAAAGAUAUUUUUUUAAUGAAAGAUAGAAAUGAAGAGCAACCCACUGGGCACAGACGUCAAUUCAAUGUCUAUUCCACGUUGGUUCAAACAGUAUGUGCCCAGUGGUGAUGUAUUAAAACCCAGCCAAACAAAGAGAGGAGAAGUCUCUGCUCUAAAUGAGGUGCACAAUCACUCUAUUCAGGCUUCUUCUCAAUACCAUCGCCUGCGAGCGCUUCCUCUGCUGCUGCCCGAAAUGCAAUUAGAGUAAAUAUGCACACUGUGAGCAGAACCGAACACUCUCAUUCAGUGGUACUUGGUACUGCUUCUAGUUGUAGUGGGGGUUGUGUGAGUGAGUGUGUGUGUGUGGGGGGGGGGGGGGGGGGUAUACAGUAUGAGUGUGUGGUACGCGUAUGUACAGUUGAAGUCGGAAGUUUACAUACACCUUAGCCAAAUACAUUUAAACUCCGUUUUUUCACAAUUCCUGACAUUUAAUACUAGUAAAAAUUCCCUGUAUUAGGUCAGUUAGGAGCACCACUUUAUUUUAAGAAUGUGAAAUGUCAGAAUAAUAGUAGAGAGAAUGAUUUAUUUAAGCUUUUAUUUAUUUCAUCACAUUCCCAGUGGGUCAGAAGUUUACAUACACUCAAUUAGUAUUUGGUAGCAUUGCCUUUAAAUUGUUUAACUUGGGUCAAACAUGUCGGGUAGACUUCCACAAGCUUCCCACAAUAAGUUUGGGUGAAUUUUGGCCCAUUCCUCCUGACAGAGCUGGUGUAACUGAGUAAGGUUUGUAGGCCUCCUUGCUCACACAAGCCUUUUCAGUUCUGCCCACACAUUUUCUAUAGGAUUGAGGUCAGGGCUUUGUGAUGGCCACUCCAAUACCUUGACUGAUGUCCUAACCGACUUGCCAAAACUAUAGCUUGUUAACAAGAAAUGUGUGGAGUGGUUGAAAAACAAGUUUUAAUGACUCCAACCUAAGUGUAUGUAAACUUCCGACUUCAACUGUAUGACCAUGAGUAAACCUGUGUUGAUGUGCUUGUGUGUGACUCUGAUGACCUGUUUAUCUCUAACCUCGCUCUCCUCCCUCCAGGGUGACUGGGGGGGCCAGAGGACCUUGCAGAGGAAGUGGACGUCCUUCCUGAAGGCCAGACUGGUGUGCUCCGUCCCUGACUACGAGCUCCACCUCAAUGUGCUGCGUAGCGUCUUCGUACUGGAGGGCCCAGACGUACACAGCACCGUCUUCUACGGAGUCUUUGGCCUGGAAUGGUAA